GAGAGAAGAAACCAUAGCUGCCGCCUGCGAAAUUAGGAUUCAAUUGGGAGGGACCGCUUACCCAAGGGAAAUGGAUUCUGUACUACGGCUGACCAGCGUUUUCACUUUGCUGUUCUCCAGUUUGUGGCAUUUAGGAUUAACAGCGACAAAUUACAACUGUGAUGACCCAUUGACAUCUGUGCUGUCUCCAAUGGUUUUUUCUAGCUCCUCAGAUAUCACUGGUACUCACAGCCCAGCUCAACUCAACCGAAGAGUUGGAACUGGCGGUUGGUCCCCAGCAGAUUCCAGUGCUCAACAGUGGCUCCAACUGGACCUGGGAAACAGAGUGGAGAUCACAGCGGUGGCCACGCAGGGACGGUAUGGAAGCUCUGACUGGGUGACAAGUUACAGCCUGAUGUUCAGUGACACAGGACGUAACUGGAAACAGUACAAGCAAGAAGACAGCAUCUGGACCUUUUCAGGAAAUGUGAAUGCUGACAGCGUGAUGCACCACAAAUUACCGCACUCAGUUAGAGCCCGGUUCAUUCGCUUUGUGCCCCUGCAAUGGAAUCCAAGUGGAAAGAUUGGCAUGAGAGUUGAGGUCUACGGUUGUUCCUAUAAAUCGGAUAUUGCUGACUUUGAUGGCCGGAGCUCCCUCCUGUACAGGUUCAAUCAGAAGCUGAUGAGCACUCUUAAAGAUGUUAUCUCUCUGAAGUUCAAGAGCAUGCAAGGAGAUGGAGUCCUGUUCCAUGGAGAGGGUCAACGUGGUGAUCACAUCACUUUGGAGCUCCAGAAGGGGAGGCUAGCUCUGCACCUCAACUUGGAAGACAGCAAACCUCGACUCAGCAGCAGCCCACCCUCAGCCACCCUGGGCAGCCUCUUGGAUGAUCAGCACUGGCACUCAGUCCUCAUUGAGCGGGUGGGCAAGCUGGUGAACUUCACGGUGGACAAGCACACACAGCACUUCCGAACCAAGGGCGAGGCAGAUGCCUUAGACAUUGACUAUGAGCUUAGUUUUGGAGGAAUUCCAGUACCAGGCAAACCUGGAACCUUUCUGAAGAAAAACUUUCAUGGAUGUAUUGAAAACCUUUAUUACAAUGGAAUAAAUAUAAUUGACCUGGCUAAAAGGCGAAAGCAUCAGAUCUACACUGUGGGCAAUGUCACUUUUUCCUGCUCCGAACCACAAAUUGUUCCCAUCACAUUUGUCAACUCCAGCAGCAGUUAUUUGCUGCUGCCCGGAACCCCACAAAUUGAUGGACUCUCAGUGAGUUUCCAGUUUCGAACAUGGAACAAGGAUGGUCUGCUUCUGUCUACAGAGCUGUCUAAGGGCUCCGGGACCCUGCUGUUGAGCCUGGAGGGUGGAACCCUGAGACUUUUGAUUCAGAAAGAGACAGAAUACGCUGCUGAAAUCCUCACAGGCAGCAACUUGAAUGAUGGCCUGUGGCAUUCGGUUAGCAUCAAUGCCAGAAGGAACCGCAUCACUCUCACUCUGGAUAAUGAUGCAGCAUCCCCGGCUCAGGACACCAGCCGGGUGCAGAUUUAUUCUGGAAGUAGCUACUACUUUGGAGGGUGCCCCGACAAUCUCACCGAUCCCCAAUGUUUAAAUCCCAUUAAGGCUUUCCAAGGCUGCAUGAGGCUCAUCUUUAUUGAUAACCAGCCCAAGGACCUCAUUUCAGUUCAGCAAGGUUCCCUGGGGAAUUUUAGUGAUUUACACAUUGAUCUGUGUAGCAUCAAAGACAGGUGUUUGCCAAACUACUGUGAGCAUGGAGGAAGCUGCUCUCAGUCUUGGACAACCUUCUACUGUAACUGCAGUGAUACAAGCUACACUGGUGCCACCUGUCACAACUCCCUCUAUGAACAGUCCUGUGAGGUCUACAGGCACCACGGGAACACAGCUGGUUUCUUCUACAUUGACUCAGAUGGCAGCGGGCCCCUGGGGCCUCUCCAAGUGUACUGCAAUAUCACGGAGGACAAGAUCUGGACAUCUGUUCAGCACAACAACACAGAGCUGACCCAUGUGAGGGGAGCCAACUCUGAGAAGCCCUACUCCAUGGCCUUAGACUACCGUGGCACCACAGAGCAGCUGGAAGCUGUGAUCGAUCGCUCCGAGCACUGUGAACAGGAGGUUGUUUACCAUUGCCGGAGGUCCCGUCUGCUCAACACUCCAGAUGGAACACCAUUCACCUGGUGGAUUGGGCGGUCCAAUGAAAGGCACCCUUACUGGGGUGGAGCCCCUCCUGGAAUCCAGCAGUGUGAGUGUGGCCUGGACGAGAGUUGCCUGGACAUUCGGCACUUCUGCAAUUGUGACGCUGACAAGGAUGAAUGGACAAAUGAUACUGGCUUUCUUUCCUUCAAAGACCACUUGCCCGUCACUCAGAUAGUUAUCACUGAUACCAACAGAUCAAACUCAGAAGCCGCUUGGAGAAUUGGUCCCUUGCGUUGCUAUGGUGACCGACACUUCUGGAACGCUGUCUCAUUUUAUACAGAAGCCUCUUAUCUCCACUUUCCUACCCUCCAUGCGGAAUUCAGUGCUGACAUUUCCUUCUUUUUUAAAACCACGGCUUUAUCUGGAGUAUUCCUAGAAAAUCUUGGCAUUAAAGACUUCAUCCGACUUGAAAUAAGCUCUCCUUCUGAGAUCACAUUUGCCAUCGAUGUUGGGAAUGGCCCUGUAGAGCUUGUCGUACAGUCGCCCUCUCCUCUGAAUGACAACCAGUGGCAUUAUGUCCAAGCCGAGAGGAACCUCAAAGAGACCUCACUCCAGGUGGACAACCUCCCAAAGAUAACCAGGGAGACUUCAGAGGAUGGUCGUUUCCGAUUGCAGCUGAACAGCCAGUUGCUUGUAGGGGGGACAUCAUCAAGGCAGAAAGGCUUCCUAGGAUGUAUACGCUCCUUACACUUGAAUGGGCAGAAACUGGAUCUGGAGGAGAGGGCAAAGGUCACAUCUGGAGUUCGGCCAGGCUGCCCUGGCCACUGCAGCAGUUAUGGUAGCAUCUGCCACAACGGGGGCAAGUGUGUGGAGAAGCACAGUGGCUACUUCUGUGAUUGCACCAAUUCACCAUAUGAAGGGCCCUUUUGCAGAAAAGAGGUUUCUGCAGUUUUUGAGGCUGGCACUUCAGUUGCUUACAUGUUUCAAGAACCUUAUCCAGUGACGAAGAAUGUAAGCUCUUCAUCCUCAGCAAUUUAUGCAGAUUCAUCUUUACCCAAGGAAAAUAUUGCAUUUAGUUUUGUGACAGCCCAGGCACCCAGUCUCUUGCUCUAUAUCAAUUAUUCUUCCCAGGAUUCCCUGGCUGUACUGCUCUGCAAGAAUGGAAGCUUACAAGUUCGUUAUCACCUGAGCAAGGAAGAACCCCAUGUAUUCACCAUCAAUGGAGAGAACUUUGCAAACAGAAGGAUGUACUACUUAAAGAUUAACCGAGAGGGAAGAGAGCUUACUAUUCAGGUGGAUCAGCAACUCCAACUCAGUUAUAACUUCUCCCCAGAAGUCGAGUUCAAAGCAGUGAGAUCGCUUACCUUAGGCAAAGUCACAGAGAAUCUUGCAUUGGAUUCUGAAGUUGCUAAAGCAAAUACCUUGGGCUUCUCUGGAUGCCUGUCUUCAGUACAGUACAACCACAUAGCGCCACUGAAGGCAGCCCUGCGCCAUGCCUCCAUCGCACCAGUGGCCAUUAAAGGGACCUUGACAGAAUCCAGCUGUGGCUCCAUGAUGGACUCAGGUGUGAAUGCAGUGACCACAGUGCAUUCUUCAUCAGAUCCCUUUGGAAAGACAGAUGAGCGAGAACCACUUACCAACGCAGUUCGGAGUGAUUCAGCUGUCAUUGGAGGAGUAAUAGCAGUGGUGAUAUUCAUUAUCUUUUCUAUCAUCGGCAUCAUGACCCGGUUCCUGUACCAGCAUAAGCAGUCACACCGCUCUAACCAGAUGAAGGAGAAAGAAUAUCCAGAAAAUUUGGACAGUUCCUUUCGAAAUGACAUUGACUUGCAAAACACAGUGAGCGAGUGUAAGCGGGAAUAUUUCAUCUGAAAAACUGCAGGGUCGCCUAACAAAUCUUCAUUAUGUUAAAUUUUUCUCCUCCUCCUUUCUCUUGCCUUUUGGUUUUGGUCAUUCUCUUUCUCUUACUUGUUUGACACUUAUUUUUGGAAUGUACCUGUGUCCACCACAGCCCACUUGACUCAGCCCAGAAGACCAGGCAGCUACAGCCACUGCUGUACAAUUUGAUAAAACUAUCAUGGUGAUAACAACCACUCAAGAAACUAAUCUUACUACUGUAUACAAGAAAGAGACACAUAUAUGCACAUGUGCAUAUUUAGUUCUGUAGUUCCAGUUUCAAAAAUGCACACUCUUCACUUUCACAGCCAUGUAGUCUAGCAGGCUGAUUUUGAAUGUGUGCUCUGUGACUUAAGCAGUAGUCCCUGACAUCUUUCCCCACCUCAAGUCUAUUUCUACCAGGGAACUCAGGGUAGAGAGAGGAGAUGCUAGAACCUGGCUGCUUCAGGGCAUUUUAAAAGAAACAAGAGAGGUUUGUUUUGAGUUAAUUUUCCUAACCACAAGAUGUCCAUUGUCCUCACUCACCACCCUUUUACACAACAGCUCUUAUCCCCUGAAUAUUUCCAAGUAUAACAUUUUUUUUUGAUGGCAGUGUGAUCUAUUUCUUGCUCCUUGUUUACCACUUGCUCCAGGGUCUAGGACCUUAGAAUGCACACAAUAGCAUAAACCUAGGGGACGCAUGGAAAAUAGUAGCUCAAAAUUAGGAGGUAAAAGGAAAGCUGCUAGGAAGUAGAUAUUCUAUAACUUCAAAAAUGCCUCUCCUCAUUUUGCAAGGAAAGUUAGCUAGGUUAUUCUUGGGAUUAUUAUAUUGAGGUAUAUCUAUUUAUCUAUCUAUCUAUAUAUGUUGCUGCAGCUUAAAAAAAAAUCCAAAUAAAAAUCUAAAGUAGUACUCAGUUCCAUGAAAUAAUUCCAGUGGUUCUUAACUCAGUAAAAGAAAAAUGAAUGAAUGAAUAAAUAAAUAAAUAAAACAAAAACUGCAUGAAGAAGGGAAUUUUUUCCUUUCAUCUGUUCCCUAGCAAUCUGGUGAAGAAAGUGAAUGCAGAUUUCGAUUUUCAACUAGGUAUAAUAAUCCACCUGUGUCCAGUAAGCCAUUUUCUAUGAGCUAUAGGAAGCACUGACCUUUGAGAUAUUGUGUUUAGCUUCAGCAGUCCUUCACUUUUUGGUGACAGAAGAAAACUGGGUUCCAUAGCACACUGCAUUUUCAAAUUGGUCACCUCCUAUGUAUAAUGGCUUCUAUUGAAUCCAACAUGUUGCAGACAUAACUCCCAGAUGAGGCUGUGGCAAAUUUCAGUUGUGGCUCCUUUGGGUAACAAAGCAUGGGUGAAACAGCAAUUCUGUCAAGAAGGCAUUUUGAGUUCCUCCAGAGAUGGUAGUGAGCAUCCUGAUGAUUAGCUAUACUAAUAUGUCUGCCUCUGCCUCUGGGCCAUCUUGGAGAAAAAAAGAAGGGAAUGCAAUAUAAUUGCUCCUGUCUUCUGCUGGAAAUGUCAAUAUAAUGAUCCACACAGGUGGGACACACAUGCUGAUUCUCUUUUUAGGACAAAUUCCAAUUUGGAAAACAAUGACCACAUUGCUGAUCCCCAGCCUUGACACUUAGCAGAUAUUUCAUCUUGUUCUUAAUUUAAUUAUCACCUACAAUUACUUAACACUUUGCUGCAUGCAGCUCACAGUGAGGAAUCUGUUAGCUUCAUCCAAUUUCAUGUCCAUUUCAGGCUUUCUCUUCAAUGUUAGUGCACAUGACAUAAGGGUUUAGAUAGGGAAUAGAUUUCUCAGUAUUCAGAUGCUACAUAAAUACAUACUUCUCUCCUUAAAAAUUUCUGUGGUUUCUUCUUUAUUCCCUCAUUUCCAUUAUAUUGCUUUUCUAGUAAAUUUAAUUUAGUAUAAGGGGAUUUUUUUUCUUUUUUUUUUCUUCUAGAAGAUGAUUUGAUCCAUUAAUAAAAGGAAGAUCUGUAAAUACUGUUUCCUCCGCCCCAUCCUCUCCUAUAUCCAAUUUUCACUUUUGAAUUUUCUAUUUCCAUAAAAGACUGUAUAAAUCAGGCUUUUAUUCGACUACAUAGUUCUUUGUCUCCUGAAAUAAAAGUUUCCAUGAAGUACAGUGCGUUUAGCCUGAAGCAGCUCCAGUAAAGAAAUAGAAAGGAAAAGGAAAGUGUGCAUAAUAAAGCUGGACCGCUCUAUCAUUCAAGUCUCUGGGAAGUGAGGACUGUAUUUUGCUGACACAGAGCUGAUAGAAGAAAUGGAAGACUAACAAAGGCCAACUCAUAUUUGUUCCUCUCAUCUACUUAGCGAUACUUGUAGGUAAUUCUGUAAGGUAAAGAAUUUGUGAGGCUUCAUGCUGGUCACAUUUGCACUAUAGAAUCCACCAGCAGACAAGCCUCCAUGUGUCCUUGAUCUAUCCAGAUAUAUUCAUUGCCACAGACUUAACGACCAAUGCCAAGACAGUGCGAGCCGCAUCUCUCUCUAACAAGUAGUCUCAGGGCUAAGUCAGAUGAUUUUUUACAGGGUUGAGUUACACCCCCCAGAGAAUACAGAUCACAAUCUAUAUAUAUAUAUAUAAAAUGGAAAUUGCUCCAUCCUGAACAAAACAGAAUUUUCUUUUAUAAAUAAGUGCUGACUCAGACUCUUUCCUCAGUGGUACCAAAAUCCACAUAGUUUGUGCAAUCGUUCGAUUGUGUGAGUGCUUCAGUCAUUGAACAGUUAUAUUCUAAAAUGCAUGCUCUUUAAAAACAUUCUAACCCCUUCUCAACCACUACUUACUACUUCAGUGAUCAGGUCUCCUGACUGCAAGUUCGGGCCAACUGGACCUCCAGUAUCCUCUACUUGAACACUCAGUCUUUGGUAACUGCUGUUUACACAAAUAUUUUAUGGAAUGUGGUCACUUUACAAUAAAACCAAAAAUCCCUGUGCAAUUUCACAUUCAAAGGGAACUGUUUCAUUGAUAUCAUUUCCACCAAACAAAUCUAUUUAUACAAAGAACAGUGCAUUUGCUUGCCCUAAAGCAUAUCUAGCAUCCUGCUGAAUCAUUCAUUGUGUGUAUAGGUUAGAUUGCGGUGGUUUCUAUGAGAAAUUGUCUAGAGAAUUAGCCAUUGAGUCUCUUCACUAGAUAGAUCUUUAUGAAUUUCUUAGCCUCUUCUAUCCACUCUCAACUGUAUAUGAGAUAUUUAUUUUAAGUAUCCUGGGUUGAUGUUUUAACUGCUUUUGUUCUCUUUAGUAAUAACAGAGAUGGCACUAGCCUAAUUAUAUUUCUUGUUAGAUCCAUGAACACCACAGGGUAAAGGGAACAGGAUCAGAGCAAAAUAAAUUGUUGUCUUCUUUCUUUACACAACACAAUGAGUUAAUUUAAUGCCAGUACUCUAUCAGGUGUGCUAGCUCUUGGGCAUACAAAUACAAAUGACCACAUGUUCUUGUCCUGGAGGGACUCCUUCUAGCAAGGGAGACGUAUUAAUAUGUAACGAAUGUAUGAAUAAACUUCUAUAGGAUAUAGAGCAAAGGACCUACAUGGCUUAUUUUAGGUGUUCCUUGCUAAAGAUAUGCAUUUCUGUAAAUAAUUUUAUAUUGUUUCUUGCUUAUUUCUUCCACAUUUAAUAAGCCGCUUUGCAUCUCCUUUUCAUAGUAAAUUUCUAUCAGUGCAGAUAGAAUUCAUAGAGGGAGACAAAUGACUCUUCAGGGGCAGAAAGAUCAGUGGUCUCUAUCUCUGAAGUAAUUUUUGGGAAUCUGAAUGUCCUCCAUUUUUGUUUCACUCUGGUUGCAGGGUUCUGAAAGUCUUUCCCAUCAGUCAGAACAAAAUGAUGACUUGGGACCUGACUUGGGAAAGAAAGAGUAAUUUCUACUUCUACUCCCCUAAUCUAUGAUUGGGGAGGCAUAUUUUUAUGACCUGUUGCAUGUCAUUGUUCUUGCAGAUGCUCUUUAAGUUACCUUUAUUGUAUUCUAGCUUCUCCUCAAAACCUCCAGUUGUAAUGAAACAUUUUUACUCUACUGAGGAAGAUCAUUUAGAUAAAGUAUAUCUUUGAAUAAAUAAUUGACCAAAAGUUGUUGUCCAUCUAAAUGAGGUCUCAUCUUGUGUGCUGGCUGAAAUCUUCAAAUCAUUAAAGUCACACAUCUCUCUGUAGUUAGAAGAGCCAUAUUAGGCAGUUAGAAGUGAAGUGUGUUCUCUAAGAUAUUCAAAGAGAAGGGAGUCAGAAUAUUAAAUUCUUUCUGAUAAACAGCAUUGAUGGGUUGUCCCCCAAAUGUGUUGGCAUCCUGACAACACCCCAUAUCUAUUAUCUAUCAAAUUCGCAUGUAACUCAGCCUGCCAACGGGGAUUUGAGGAACAGCAUAUAGAUUCGCUACUGAUUUUUCCUUAAUGUAAAGGUCAGGACAAAUUAGUGAUCAGUUGACCAAUAAAUCGAGAAGCUUUCCUCAUCUGUAAAGAGACAAAGGUGGUUAAUGGAAGAAGAUGCUAGGAAACUCCAAACUUCCAGAAUAUUUGAUAUUUGAAGGAUAACUUACUGCUAUUUUAUGUCUCUCAUGCAGUUUGAAUUUUUUUUUGUUUUGUUUUGUUUUUGUAACAGACACAUUUUGUAAUUGCAUCACUUCCAUAUUCUUCUCUUGGGUCUUUCUGAAGCUCUCCUCUCAUUCUUACACUCUAAUUCCUACCUGUUAAGUCAGCUAGUUUGCAGAUUUCUCGUUCUCCAAAGUUUUUAUCACUGCUUUCACAAAUUCUAUACAAUUGAAUCCCCUAAAGGGGGAAAAAAAUAAGUGUAAACAUAUACAGACACUUUGUAAAAAUAGGGCUGUUAUUCAUUCUAGCUUUUUCCAGAAAAUUUUGCAUCUUAUCUGUAUGGUAGGAAAAGACACAUUCCCUUUUGAUUUGACAAUUAUUUAAUAUAAGGUUUUGAUCUUUAACUAGUUUGCUAUUUUUGAGUGAUAUUUCUCUUUAUUUUGCACUAAGGUACUCUGAGGAUGAACAGAAAAGCACAUUUUUUAGUGAAAUAUUGUACUUUGUAAACUAGUUGUCUGUCUUUUGUAUUGUUUAUUGUCUACAAAUUGACAGUGGAUAUGAGCAAGGAUUAAGACAAAAGUUGGUUUUGAUAUCUUGACCACACCUGUUGGGAACAGGUUGAAGAGGCAGAGGAAACACCUGGCAACAUACUGGGCCAGCCCAGGUGACAAGUUUAUUACUUCCACAAUGGAUCAGUGGCUGUUACUCUUGCCACUUCCUGGCUCCUAACUCAGGAGUCUCUCGUAAAUUUUUGAUCAUCUUCUUAUACGGUAAAGAAAGAGACAAUAUCCUGCACUUUUCAAUUCAUUACCUCACUCUGCAUGACAUUUUUACCUUCCCCCUUUCUCCCCUAAUAACAUCCUUUGAUUUUUUUUUUUUAAUUUCAUCAAGACUUUCCCAGGAUGCUUUAGAGAUAUCACCAAAACAAUCUAACCUGCCCAAGUUGAACACCCAGAAAAUGCUAUAUGGGAGAAAAAAACAAAAAACAAACAAACAAAAAAAAAAAAAACAAAAAAAAACACUGUUAGAAAGGUCCUUAGGCCUGAUAUCCUUGAUAUCCUGAACAGGACCCCAAAUAUCUAGAAUUAUGAGGUUCUGGUAUCUGUCUAUGGCUUCCCUUUUACCUUCUUUGGUCUUGGGUCCAUUGAAAUGCCAUAUGAUAAGGAGGCAUGGGAGUCUCCAUCCAUGACCACUGCCAGGUACCCUUCAUCUGACAGCACUGGGAAUCACUUUUAUUCAUCUUUCCCAGAUCAGCAACACAGACCCAUUUACAAAACAACAGGGAAAAUUAGGAGUGUAGAUUAGGCCAUGACUGAAGGUGAAAUUAAUUCAUUUAGUGAGUAAAUCCUGGUGUUAUUUUCACUCUCAUUAUAUUCUUCCUUUCCUCAGAUGCCAGCAAUAGCCUCAGAGGACAUGAUAACUGUUCUGGGUGUACAAAGAAGCACUGUAUCACCCUGCAGACACUUUGGAAGGCCCAUAAGUAGAGACUUGUAAGGGGACCUUAAUAAAUAAUGAGUAUCUACCUAGUCAUACUUCUCCAUUAUAGUCAACCUUGUCCCAACGGUUUUGUAAAGAUACCAACAUAGUCUCUCUUCUUUGAUGGCAGUGUCAAACUGUGUAACCUUGUCCUGCCUUAAAUACUCGUGCAAAAAAUACCAAACCUUGCUGAAAGCAGCAGUUAAAUUGUGAUAGGAACAUUGUAUUGAGUGAGAUCCAGUACCAACAUUUUCUUCUUCUGUAGCUGGUAGUUGACAAGCCUCCUGAUAUCCUAUGCUGUCUUAGGGUGCCACUUUGCUCAGUCAACUGGAAGAGGCAAAAAGGUCAUAAGAGGUGUACUUGUGAAUGGAAGUGCCUGCCUCUAGGAUGUGAUAGGUAAGGAGUCAGCAAUCUUUUCUAUAAAGCCUCAGUUGGCCAAUACUGUUGCAACUAUUCACCUCUAAUGUUGUAGCAGAUGGGAGCCAACUGGGUAAGCCUGUGUUUCAAUAAACUUUUGUUUUUCAAAAUAAGCAACAAGUCAGAUUUUUGUCCAUGGGCUUUAGUUUUCUGAUCAUUUCAAAUGGGAAAUCAGUAUCCCUCUGGCAGGAGUGGUCCUCCUUUUUGAAGAGUGAUGAGGAAUAUGGAGAUUAUUUUUAACAAAUAAACAGUACAAGGCAAAAUAGCAUCCCCAAUAUAUUUCUUUAGCUGGCUCUUUAUUGUGGCAAAAGCACAAAACAGGCCAUCUCUAUUUGUAGAUUUGCCAGAGUUCCAGGUUUUCUUUUUAAACUUCUCAUUUUUGUUUCCACAACAAAAUCCCAAGUGAUGUUGCCUCGUUCCAAGUCAGUUUUGUAGACCAUGUAACAUGUCUUAAUACACCAUAAGGGGAAAAAUAAAAGUUAGCCUUAGAUUUCUUUGUUUUCUAUGGUUACUGUUGUACAGAAGAAAGACUUAAACUGUAAAUAAUGUAUAUUUAAUAAAGAGAAUUUUGUAUGAUUUUG